AUGGACCAGGCUGCUGUGGUGAAGCUGCUUGAGAGCAGCCAAGCCAGCGCUGAGGCCGUGGCUGAAGUAGCCCAAGCGCUGAAGGAGAAGUUUGGGAAUGAGAAGAAGGACAGGUUUGCAGAAGCAGCCAAGGUGGUGAGACAGCCUGACUUGUUUCAACCAGCAACUCCCGAAGAGGAACUCAGUCAAUGGGCUGAUUGGAGGUUGACUUUCAGGUCAUGGCUGGUCUACGCGCAAAGCGACUACGAGGCUGACUUGAACGAGGCCGAGACAGCUGAAGGACCGCUGGACUUUGUGGAGAUGACGGUCUCUCAACACGAGAGAUCAGAAAAGCUGCACUCAAUACUUGUUGGUCUUCUUAGAAACCGACCCCUCAAGCUACUUAGAAGUGUGGAAGGCCGCAACGGUCUUGAAGUAUGGCGCCAACUGGCGCAACAGAUGCAGCCGAGGACAAGGGCAAGGUCGAUAGCAUUGCUUCAAGCUUUCUUGGGGCACCCGCAGUUCAAGAAGGAGAAUGUCAUGGAGCAGAUCCUUGGUUUGGAGAGGCUGGCAGAGGAAUACCGCCAAGUUAGCACAGAAGAGCUGAGUGACAACACGAAGCUGUCAGUGCUACUUCGAGUAAUACCUGCCCAACUACGCCAACACCUACAGCUGCAGAUGGAUGAGAAGUCGGACUACACGUCCAUGCGUGAGAAAGUUCUGGCCUAUGAAAGGACAACUACGUCGUGGAGUUCCAACACGGUCUACAAGGAGCUGGACAUCAAGAAGGAGGAGAAACAUGAAGAUCCAGUUCCAAUGGAGGUGGACCGAGUGAAGGGCAAGAUGAAAGGGAAAUACAACAAAGGCAAGUCGAAAGGUGGAAAGGAUUCCAAGGGCAAAGGCAAAACAAAAGAUGCUGGUAAGUGGAAGGGAAAAGACUUCAAGGGCAAGUCCAAGGACUAUGGCAAGUCUUCAGAUGGAGGACGCGGCAAAGGAAAAGGUGUUCCAACAGAUGUUUGCAGACAAUGUGGAGGACGCGGGCAUUGGUCUCGAGAGUGCCCCAGCCGUCCUGUCAGGCAGAUCAGCCAAGAUACGCAGUCGACAGUGGCAACGCAGUCGGUUGCGAGUGGCAGUUCUGGCCAAGUUGGACAAGGAGUUCAAGGCUCCGCAGUUAGAAGGAUCACCUACUACAACUUGGACGAGGAGCCCAUUGUCGAGGAGCCCUAUGUGAGGGUUGUCAAUGUCGAGCAGAACGUCUUCGACAUGACCUACAGUGACUCUGAUGAGGACUGGCAUCUAUGUGGAGAAGUUCAACAUGGAGAUGGUGGCAAGGUCUACUUUGAGGACUUUGUCAACGCGUCUGAGGAGGUCUUUUGCAAGAGCGGCACAGAUGGUAGUUCGAGGCUACUUGGUGCUGGCUGCAACAUGGUGGAAGUUGGUUCGAGGCCAACAGCCUUUGUCAGAGGAGUUCGAGUUGGAGAAGAAGUUCCAAUCAUCUUGGACAGUGGUGCUGAUAUGUCUGUCCUGCCCAUGAACUAUCGUGGGGCAGGCAGGGCAUUGAACCAGCAGAGCAUCUUGCGCGACGCUCAGGGAAACCGUAUGCCUGGAGGAGCUCUACGGCAAGCCAUCAUGGAGAUUGAGGAUGACAAUGGCAACGUGGCAAGGCUGAGGGAGACAUUUGCAUUGUCAAGCGUCUCUGAACCGUUGGUAGCUUUGGGAAAGUUGCUGAAACGUGGAUGGCGUGUUGAAGGUGAUGGAGAAGAAGUCAAACUUGGCCUGAGCAACAGUUUGUCGACGGUGGCAAAGAUCAGAAUGGUUGAAGCACCUGGGGAAACCUUUGUGAGGGCAGUUACAAUGAGCUUUGAGGGCCUGAUGAUGAACCUGCUUUCAGUUCCCGGGUGGCACUUAAGCCUGGAUCGACAGGUACCAUUUCUGGUUGUGAUGAAUUCGAACCAUCACCACAACUCCUUCCCACAGUUCCAGAGGGUUGACUAUCCCUUCAGAACAACUCUGAUUCUCAAGGACAAGAUGUGGGAGGUUGUGGAGAUGGCAGAUCGUUCAAACCAUGAGGACGAGAUUGAGGAGUGCAAUGGAGAGGUGACGACAGUUGUUGUCUUCUUCCACAAGAAUGAGGAAGAUGUCAUGGCCGUGGGCAAGCUGAGCACAGGAGCUGAUGAUCCUUUCCUCAAGCCCAAGGUGUUGGAGCAUGAGCCCAAAAGUGAAGAAGCCCGAGAAAAGCAAGGUUUUGGAUGGCAUGGUAGAACACUUGAAGAUGGUGUUUAUGAGGUGGACGAGUCUGACGCAGAGAUGGGUCCACAGCAAGAACCUGGUGAAGGAGAUCCUGUUCAAAGAGAAUAUCCACAACAUGCUGAAGGUGAUGAACCAGAGGAGAUUGAAAUCGAGGGAGUGAAGUACACGGCACAGACCCCUUUGUCAAAGAUGCGUGUGGGUUUGAAGCUAUGUGGAUUGCCCAAAGGCAGGAGCAAAGCUGAUGCCUGGAAACGUUUGGUGGAGCAUCAUCGGCAUUUUGCUGAAAACCUGGCAGUGGAGUUGGCUCAAAGAGAAUUCACGCGCCGACGUCUUGAUGAAGGCGGUGGAGAUGCCCGAGGACAACACAUUCCAAGGGUACCAACAAAAGCAGAACGACAAGUACAUGAGCUUAUGCACUGGCCGUAUGAAGAUUGGUGCCAGAGCUGUGUUGCUGCACGAGCAAAGGCAGAUCCCCACAAGCUCCAGGGAUCAUUUCGAGAUGAGACCAAGUCUGAGUACCCCAUCGUGUCCAUGGACUUUGCAUUCACCAAGAGCCUGGUGGAGCCUGAGGAGGAAGAUUUGGAAGAUCUUCGACGCUAUGGUGGAGAUGCACGUGGUGGUGUUUCUUUGGUCAUCACAGAUGACUGGACACGUGGAAUUCUGGUGGUGCCGACGCCUGGCAAAGGGCGUCCACAUGUCAAGUUUCUGGCCGAGCAGGUGGUGCGCUACAUUGGGUCUUGUGGUUUCUCAACUUGCACUGUGAAAGCUGAUGGAGAACCCUCAACAAGGUUGCUUUUGGAUGUGGUUCAGAAAUGCAGGCAACGUUUGGGAUUCAAGACCUUGGUGGAGCACAGCGGCCCAGACGACAGUCAAGGCAAUGGCAGAGUUGAACGUGAAAUUCAAACAGUUCGAGGCCUGGCAAAGACUUUGGUGAACCGUCUUCGAGAAGGAGCUGGUGUGCAGAUCAAUGUGUUUGGACCAUUGUUCCAAUGGGCCCUACGACAUGCUGGAUGGCUCAUCACACACUUCAGGCGCAAGAAUGGAAGCCCCACAGCCUAUGAGCAGGUGACUGGGAGGAAAUACCAAGGCAAGCUGGCAGUCUUUGGUGAAAGGGUGCUUGCAAGGCUCCCAGGAAACAGUGGAGAUGAUAAGUUUCGUCCUGCAGUUUGGCUUGGGAAGACUGACAAGGCAGACUUCCAUGUGGUGGCUACAAGCGAUGGUUUGAGAUGGACGCGCACGGUGAGAAGGCUUCCAAUACCAUUUGACGCAGCAGUUCUCAACAACGUGCGUACCUGGCCUUGGAGUGUUUCAUAUGGGCAGAUUGGAACCAAGUCCACACCACUACUCACCAAGACAGAGAAUGUGGCCCUUCCACCUGAGUUGUCAAGACCUUUGAGGUUGCAAGAGAAGGAGGAGAGAAAGCAAGCUUUAGCAGAUCGAGCACGAGCACGACAACAAGUCCGAGCUCAACCUGCGCUGGAAGAUGGAGUUCCAGGUGAGGCAGGGUCUGAUGAAGCUGCUUCAGAUCCCCUUUCAAGACAGUCUUCAAAACCUUCAUCAUCCCAAUCCAGUUCUUUGAGCAUGAGCAUGCAGAAGGAGGUGAACGAUGACACGUUGCUUGAGGAGCUGAUGGGUGAGGUCAAGGAAAACAAAGAAUAUGCAGGUGGAGUUGAGGCGUCACCAAAACGUGGAGGUGAAGAUGUACCAGAAGGAGAACAGAGCCCAGCCAAAUCUUCGAAGGUAUCACCAAGAAAGGCAAUGAGAACAACAGGCCCUGGAGACCGACCUGAUGCAGGAGCCAGUUCAUCGACAGCAGAAGCUCAACCAGCAGGUGAACCGCAUGUUAGAAUGGUGGUUGAAGGAGAACUUCUUGAGGAUGGAGACAUGGACAUGGAAUUCCCAGACAAGCCUCCAGAGCUAUCUCCAGAUGAACUUGCAGAGAUCGAGAACAAGGCUGCUGAGACAGAGAUCCAAAGGCUGAUCGAAAUGGGUGUUCUUCGAGCUGCGCGACCUGAUGAGGACCUGGCAGCUACUCCAACUUUGACAACACGCUUGGUUUGCGAUUGGAGGAUUCGAGAUGGAGGUUGGCAACGCAGAGCCCGUUUGGUUGCAAGGGAUUUCAACUGGCUUGACCCAAAUCGGAGUGACACCUUUGCACCAACUGGCACUCAGUCAACUAUGAGGCUGAUCCCGUUGCUGAGCCAAUUGAAAGGUUGGAAAAUGGUUGUGGCCGACGUGAAGGACGCCUACCUGAACUGUGAACAGCCCAAGAAUGUCAAGGUGGUCUUGAUUGAGCGCAGAUCUAGCUGGACGUCUUGGAGUGGCCCGUGA